AUGACAGAGGAAAAGAGAAUUUAUGAUUGUGUAAUUGUAGGGAGUGGGCCAGCUUCAUAUGCGAGCAUGAUGUACUUAAUAGAAAAAGAUAUUGACAAUAUUGUUAUGUAUGCAGGUGAUUUUUAUGACAGUAUAGGUCCAGGUGGACAGCUUACAACAACUACUAAUGUGGAUAAUUAUCCAGGCUUUAGAGAUGGGAUUCAAGGACCUGAUUUAAUGGAUAAUAUGAAUGAAACAGUAGUGAAGAGAAAGAAAGAGGUUUUAGAGGUAUUUGUUAAAGAUAUUAAGAAAUUAGACAAUAAUCUCUUUAUGAUUAAACCUGAAGAAGGAGAAAUAGUUUACUCAAGAACAGUUAUAAUUGGAACUGGUUCAAGUGCUAAGAAAUUGCAUGUUGAAGGGACUGAUAAGUAUUGGCAAAAGGGUAUUAGUGCAUGUGCUGUCUGUGAUGGAUUUAUAUUUAAGGAUGGUAUUUGUGCAGUUAUUGGAGGCGGUGACACUGCAAUGGAAGAGAUACUUCACUUAAGUGGAAUUUGUAAAAAACUUUAUUUAAUUCAUAGAAGGGAAACAUUUAGGGCCAGAGCAGAUAAAUUAGAGGAAGUUAAGAAUACAGAAAAUAUUGAAGUGAUUACUAAUGCCGAAUUAAAAGAAUGUAAGGGAGAUGAUGAUUCAUUAAAGGAAAUAAUAUUGAAAACCGAUAAAGGUGAAAUGAAACUUGAUGUUGAUGGUUUAUUCUUUGCAAUUGGACACUUACCAAAUACGGCAUCUAUAAAAAAUUGUAACGUUAAACUUCAUGAUAACGGGUAUAUUAAAACAGACAAUUUAAUGAGAACUGGUGAAGAAGGUUUGUUUGCAUGUGGAGAUGUACAGGAUUUUGUUUAUAGACAAGCUAUCGUUGCUAGUGAAAGUGGUAUUGUGGCAGCUAUUGAGGUCAUAAAAACUUUAAAUAAAUAA